AAUCCAUCUCUCAAGUCCCCUCUGUGAAACCGCCAAACACCCUGACGCGGGAAAGCAUUCGAUCUCGAUUCUUCAAUUUCCUAUUCUACCCUUUUCUCCCGCAUUCAUAUUCAUCUCCUCAAACCCAACCGUCCCCAAUUCACAACUCCCAAUUCCCAAUCCUUUUCUCUGCACCUCUGCCUUUAUUAUAUCUACCUAUCCAUCUCUUCUCUUCAUAUUUGUAGUUAGUUUUCUCUAGAUUUGCGUCUCGCCAUCUUCCAUCCUCUGCCGUCGAUUUCUUCACCGUCGACACCGGUUCUGCUCUGUCAUGAAUGAAGGUUGACGGUGAUCAAGGUUCGUCUAUUUUCAUGCAUGCGAUGAAUCGUAUGUAAUGUUGCUUAACUUUGGAGGCUGAUUUCGUUUGUGGAUUGUAGAAGCAGUGAUUUCUGGUGAGUUCGACUGUAAUUUGAGGUUAGACCGAGCAGGGCUUUGAUGGGGAAAGACGAUAAUGGGCGAUGUGUGUUCCCUUUAACAAGUCUCCAAAUUGGAGACUUGCAGUCUUAUCUUUCUGAUCUUAGCCUUUUCUUGGCUGUUGAAAGUAAAAAAUUUUACAUUUUGGUGGACAAUAGGCCAUGGCUGAAAGACUUAGGCUCCCGGUCAGCUCAUUGGUGGCAGUUGAUGGUUACAAAGUACAGGUUAUCUCCUUUUGCAAACACGAAAGGGCGUAGGGAGAGAAAGGCAAGAAAUGAGGCAUCUUCCACAGCCAGUACUGCAGAGUCCAAAAAGUUUGAGAGAUGGUUCUCAUUGAUUGAUGCAUCAACGUUGUCUAAAAAGAGGGUAUUACUACCUGUUAAGAAACUAAGAAACUCUUUGCUUCAGAGCAGUGAGCUGCAUAGGACCUUGUAUGGUUUCAUUGUAUUUGAAGUCUCAUGGUCCAAUGUUCGAGGUAUUAACUACUUGAACGAACUUCAGACUGAUACUUCUCUUGCCGUUGAAGCAAAAUCUAUGCGAAGAUGGGAGUUUGACAGCAUAGCUCAAGCUGUAGGCUGUUUAUCUUCAUGGUUCUCAGGAACACUUUAUGAGAAGCACCACUUGAAAGAGUAUCUGGAUUCAGCCAUUGGAGAGGUCUUCUAUGAUGCUGAAGAAGAUUUUCCAAGGACUGUCCCUGUCAAUGAUGACAUUGAAAGUACAUGUGAUGAUAAUCUCAGCUUUAUGGAGAACUCUCCCUGUGGUCUUUAUGGUAGUUUCACAGUGUACCCUGUUUCUGUGGAAGAUGAAACUGAAACUGAUAUGCCACACACUCCCCCUCCUACUGGACCUUACAAGAGACGAAAAGUAACUAAGGCUGUUAAAAAUGGAGUUGAAGUUGAUGUCUAUUGUGAGGAAAGACAAAGCCAAGUCAAAGAUACAUUGAACUGCUCAGAGGCUGAUGAACAUGAAAAUGCAGUUGAACCUACUCAUUAUCGUGAUGUGUUACUUUUGUUCAGGUUCAAUGACAGAGACCUCCCUUUUAAAUUGAAGCAAAUAAUAAUGUCGGAUCUGAGGUUACUUACUUUACUAGAGGCUGGUCUUCCAUCUUGGGUUCUUUUCCUUCAAUCAUAUCCAGGCUUCUGCCAUAUUUAUCGCCCUUGGAUGUGUCCUCUGGCAAGAGCUUUAUAUGUGUUGAUUUCAAUUGUCACUGUUAUAAUAGGAUUCUAUGAUUUAUACAAGAAUGUCCCUGUCCUUAAGGCAACUGCUUCCCGCUUAUGUGGGCCUCUCUUUGACUGGAUAGAAACUUGGGAGAUGGUGUCAAGGAUCAAGUACUUGGGAACUAUGCUAUUUCUUCAUAACUUUCAGAAGGCCAUAAAAUGGUUUUUGAUGGUUACACAUGCUACUAGGUCAUUUUUUUCAUAUUUUACUCUACCCUUGACAGAACCAGUUAUGGAAUUCUUAGAAUUGUUUGUUCCAUUGUGGACCAUGUUAAGCAAAACGGCAGGGAGCUCAUUUUCAGUCAUAUGGAUCAUGAUAGAGUCUUCUUGCAAUCUAUUAGAGGACCUCAUAAAGGUUAUUCUGCAACCUGCAUGGCUGAUUCUCACAACUAUCUGGAAUAUUGCAAUUACAGUUUUGUAUCCAAUAUUCUGGAUUCUUUGGGAAACACUAUAUGCUCCGAUACGCUUGGUCCGUGCAUUAUUCAAUUCUGUGGCUUUUGUCUUUGCCUGCACAUCUGAUUUUCUGGGACAUAUAUGGCGGUCUUUGAGUAGCAUUUUCCAGAUUGCUUCAGCUACUGAGGCAACUGUUAGCUCAUAUGAAGUUCCCAUGUGGCGUUCUCUUUGGAAUGACCUCUUUUCACAGGUGUUUCGUGCUCUUAGAAGCAUUUUAAAUGGUUUUGUUGCCUUCUUUGCAGCCUGCAACAGACAUCGCCUCAGCAUCUAUAAUCAUGUACAUGAUUUUAUUAAAAGACUUAUUCGAGGCCAACAAUCACAAGCUACAGAUCCUAGUACUAGAUCAACUCCUGAGGGGCGAUAUCCAGUAAGUCAUCAUAUGUGCAUGACUUUGUAUGAUUUGUAGAUUGCAUUGCUCCACAUUACUUCCCUAAAUUAAAUUUUAUUGUUACAUUUUUUUUAAACAAUAGGGGUGGGGGUUGGGGAAUCUGAGUCCAUCUCCUCUUAACUUUGUAUGUUUGUCCUUAUUGGUUUUACGAAAUGAUAAAUUCUUGCUUGACCUUUAGAAGUGAUAAUUGAAAUCCUAUAUGAUGUUACUUUUUUCCCUCAAUUCAUCUGCAAAACGAGAAAAAACACAUGCUUGUGAAAUUAAGGUAUCUGUUUCAUUUCUUGAAACUAUUUUGUAAAUGCGUUCAGCCAAUUUACCCUAAAAAAAAAAAUGUAUGCAACUAAUUUUCAAUUCCUUGUACUGAUUUCAUUAAUUAUAGACCCGCUUGCAGUCAGAAAUAAGAGGGAAAGUCUGUGCUAAAUGAAGUCCUGUAUCAUUCCAAGUUCAAUGGCUGGUAGAGGGCUAGAUUUUGAUUAGAAAAUGUUGAGGAUGCCUUCAUUUCAAAGCAUCUAUGACAGAUGAGAAGGAAAGAACAUUUUCUUUUCUGCAUGUUCUGCUCGGCUACAUGACACAGAAGUUUGCUGCUCAAGGGGAAAAGGGCAAAACAUACAAUUAUACAGUGGUGUAGAGAUGAUACAAUUCUUUCAUUCCCUAUUUCUUGAUACUUAGUCUACUUUGCCAUUCUUUUUUCUUUUUUUUUAAUCUGAGAUGUUCAGGUCCUCAACUAGCAUCUCCCUUCUUCUUUUAACCUGUGUUCUCUGCCACGUUCUACUGUUCUGAGAAGUCAGCUUCUAGAAUGUAUAUAGUAUACGUGCAGGCAGGCAGCUUGUAAAUUAUUAGAAAUUAGCAGGCUUUGGUUUAAUUGGUUGUAUGCAUUGUUUUGUGUGGCCAAUAUUUUGUUAACAUUGAGUUUUCUUUCUACAAAGAAAUUUCUAGUAUAUGU